GAGGUGCCGGAGCAGGCGGGGGCACGGGGCUGCCAUCGCCGGCGUCUUCGGGCGCCUGAGGACGUCCUGCGGGAGGGAGCCGCGCCGGCGGCGGGGGCUGGAGGAACCCCGGAGCGGAUCGGCGCCGGCAGGUGCUGGGGCAGGAGGAAGCCGUCCGGCGGGUCCCACUCGUCCCUCAGCGGGAGGGAGAGCGAUGCUCGGCGGCUCUGGGGGCUGGUUUUGGGACGUGCUGCGGCGUUACAGCCCAUCGGGACAGGGACGCCAGCAGACCUGCUCUCCCGUAACCCUGAAUUCACCCAUUUUCUCCUCCAAAGUGUCCAUGAACAAACCACUUCCCUGGGUCCCCCACGUUCAGUUUAUUCGUGUCCUCCAGGCUCCGACCACCACGACGCCUUCCCCUCACCGGGCUGACAGCCCUCAGCGCUCCCGGCCGGGAGCCGCCGCCCGCUCCCGGGACCGGCGGGCUCUGCCUUGCCCGGGGCGGUUUCCCGCACAGCACGACCCUGACUUCGCACCGCGAACUCCCCGUCGGACACCCGGCAGUCCCGUAACGGAGCCACCGCUUCUCGGCGGCCCGGCCGCCACAGCGCAAAGCCCGCAUCGCGCAACCGAAGGGCUGCGUCCCUCAGGAGGUUCCCCUUGCCCCCGCUCUCCCGGCCCCGCGCCCUCCUCAGAGCCGGCCGCCCUCCCGCGGGGGUGGUGGUGGGGGGGUGUCCCCUCGGGGCGCCGGGGCCGGGCUCGGCAGCCUCGCAGCCUGCAGGCGUCCGCCGGAGGCCCCGGCAGCCCUGACCCGCCGCCCCCCCCGCCGCGGCGCUAGGACCUGCGCGGCGCGGCGGUCCGGCCACCUCCUCCGCGGGGCGGGCGCAGCGCGAAGGGAGCUGCGGGAGCGCGGCCGUGCCCGGCGGCGGCGGCGGUUGUAGGGAGCGGCUCUGCGGCGGCGGAUGAGUCAGCCCUGAGGCGGCAUGGAGCCCAUCCCGCCGCCCACGGAGGAGGAGGACGAGGACGAGGAGGAGGAGGAGGACUGGCUUCGCCCGCAGCCGGGCGGCGGGGCAGCUCCGCCCGCCCCGUCAGGCCACAGCAAGCCCGUAGCGGCCAGAAGCGCAGCAUGCAGAGUGAUUGUGCACGUUGACUUGGACUGCUUUUAUGCACAAGUAGAAAUGAUCCGUAAUCCUGAAUUAAGAGACAAGCCUUUAGGUGUGCAACAGAAGUACUUAGUAGUUACCUGUAACUAUGAAGCCAGAAAACUUGGAGUUAAGAAGCUGAUGUCUGUCAAGGAGGCUAAAGAGAAGUGUCCUCAACUGAUACUGGUUAAUGGAGAAGAUCUGACGCCAUACAGGGAAAUGUCGUACAAGGUUACAGAGUUGUUGGGGGAAUUUUGUCCACUGGUGGAAAGGCUUGGGUUUGAUGAAAAUUUUGUGGAUAUCACAGAGACUGUAGAGAAAAGACUAAACCAGCUACAGCAAAGCGGAUGUUCCAGAGUCUCUGUGUCUGGCCACGUGUACAACAACCAAGCUAUCGACUUGCGUGAUAUAACGCAUUUAAGGCUAGUCAUUGGAUCUCAGAUUGCACAAGAGUUCAGGGAAGCCAUAUAUGCGAGACUGGGCCUCACAGGCUGUGCAGGAGUGGCCUCUAACAAAUUACUGUCUAAACUGGUAUCUGGGACUUUUAAACCAAAUCAACAAACAGUUCUUCUGCCUGAAAGCUGUCCAGAUCUAAUACGCGGCCUUGAUCACAUCCAAAAACUGCCUGGCAUUGGCUACAAAACUACCAAACGUCUUGAAAUGCUGGGUGUUAGGAACGUGUGUGAUCUCCAAGCGUUUCCAUCUGCUGUGUUAGAGAAGGAACUAGGCAUUUCUGUUGCUCAGCAUAUCCAAAAACUCAGCUAUGGAGAAGAUGAGUCCCCCGUGACUCCAUCAGGCCCUCCUCAGUCCUUUAGCGAUGAAGAUUCCUUUAAAAAAUGUUCAUCAGAAGUGGAAGUUAAAGAGAAAAUUGAAGAACUGCUUCCUAACCUAUUAGACAGAAUAUACAAAGAUGGAAGACAACCCCACACAGUGAGAUUGACCAUACGCCAGUUCUCCUCGACCGAGAAAUGGAUUAAUCGGGAAAGUCGUCAGUGUCCUAUUCCACCUCAUCUUAUUCAGAAAUUUGGAAAAGAGAGCAGCAGCGUUAUAUCUCCAUUAGUUGAUAUACUAAUGAAACUCUUUCGAAAGAUGAUAGAUGUAGCUCAACCAUUUCAUCUUACCCUUGUGAGUGUCUGCUUCUCUAACCUCAAAGAUCUUCCUAGCAGCAAGAAAGGAUCGAUUGGUUUCUAUCUAAAGCCGAUGUCACCGCCAUCACACUCUGGUAAACGUGUCCGGGAAGUGGAAGAUGUCUUACAAGGUGAGGGAAGUGCUUCUUGGAACCAGAAUUGCAACAGAACUGGAACUACAAAAACUAGGAAACUUUCAGAGGAACAGAAAAGCAAUAUAAAGCAAGCAAGAAUUCCUGACCUCCCAUUUUAUUUGUCUCCUGGUGAUAUUGACCAGGAAGUCUUCAGGGAACUUCCAGAAGAUAUUCAAAAAGAAAUUCUUUCUGGAAAAACAGAAGCGAUCCCUACGGAGAACACUUCGGGUGAGCCAUCAGUAUGUUUUGCAGCAGAGGCAUACAGCGCUUCCCCAAACUCGAAGGGACUGAACAGUGAUACGUGCUCUGCAGGGUGCAGCAUACAUCUCUCGUCAGCUCACGAAUCUGCAACUGUUCUGGCACACAGCUCCAGGGCCAGUUGUUCUUCUGAGUGUCCCAGAAGUGCACGGACAAGCAGCGGGAUGGAAAAACAACCUACUGACUCUCCAAACUUCAGAGGGAGAGAUCUGUCAGCUCUGGAAGCUGGGGUCAGCCAAACUGUUCCAUGUGUGGAUGAAGAUAGACAGGCCUUUGAAACGACUUCUGAGGACAAAACUUACAGUGGGCAAGGAGGAAUUGUACUUCCUCCUAAUGUAGACGCACAGACUUUUUAUGAACUACCUGCAGAUGUGCAACAAGAACUGCUAGCUGAAUGGAAGAAUCAGGAACCUGUCUCCAGAACCUCUACAGGUAAUAAACCCCCUGAAAAGCCUAAAACAAAUAAAGGAAGAAGGAAUACAGCACCAUGUUUAUCACAGUCUAACAGUUUGCUAAGAUAUUUUAAACCCCAGUGAAACACUUUUCAUAAUAGUGACAUGGUAAGAAUCAGCACUUGAAGGCACUUUAGGUAUGAAAAGUUUACUGUAAAUUGUAAAGAUGUGAAUAUUAAAAAUAUAUUUUGAAUGUUUGACAUCAAA